AUGAAGUGGCUUUUCCUUAUUCUACCCUUCAUGGGAAGUGUCCUUGCACUGGUACCUCGCGAGCCACAAGCAGCAUCCGCAGCAUGCACUUGCGACACCGUAUUCUGCACCCAAGUCUGGCCCGACUCCUGCUACUGCGCCAACGAUGCCAAAAAUGCGUGUUAUGAAAAAUGCGGUGGAAGCCCUCCAACAUACGAUACCUGUCCUCCUCGGGGCAUAAUAGCACGCACGCCACAAGAAGCAGCACCAACGCCCGCACCCACGCCUAUGCCCCCGUCUACCUGCAUCUGCGAACCCGUCUUCUGCCUAGACUCCUGGCCUGAGUCCUGCUACUGCAACAACGCCGUGAAGAAAAACUGCUACGAAAAAUGCGGCGGCGAAAUACCAAAGUACCAGACGUGCCCGCCGCGCGAAGUCGUCCCAAAACCAGAUCCCGUCCCCAAACCAGACUCCACAGAGUGCCAGUGCCCAGAAAUAAACUGUAUCCAAUCCUUCCCCGAAGGAUGCUACUGCGCCAACAACGCCAAACUACAAUGUUACAAGAAAUGCGGCGGCGAAGAGCCAGUCCUUAGUAGCUGUGAUUAACUUUUAGACCUAACCAUAACCACCAAGUCUUGCCGCGCUGCUCAGCCCACCCCAGCAAACCGCGUCUGCGCCGGCCCCCUUCCCAGCCUAUCCAUCUGAUCAGCUCUAUAUUGCGAAUCCGCUGAGACCCGGCUCAUGUGGCCCGUUGUACGGUGACCCGGGCAUUUGUGUCGAGGACGUCAUGUGUGGUGAGAUUGCGGGGUUGACGCGUAAGUAAGAGGGCGGGGACAGAUUUGCGUGGAUGAUCCUUGGGAUGAUUGUUAUCUUGAUCGGGGAGGCUACGGACUGUACUGGGAUGUGUCGAACAGGUUUUGGUAAUG